AUGGCAUGUAGGCCUUUUAUAGGGGUGGAUGGUUGUCACCUUAAGACAAAGUAUGGGGGACAACUUUUAGUUGCAGUAGGAAGGGACCCUAAUGAUCAAUACUUUCCAUUAGCUUUUGGAGUUGUUGAAACAGAAACAAAAGAUUCGUGGAGAUGGUUUCUCCAAUUACUACUUGAAGACAUUGGCCAAGAUAGAAGAUAUGUUUUCAUUUCAGAUCAACAAAAGGGACUAAUUCCCGUGGUUGAGGAGAUGUUUGACAAAAUUGAGCAUAGGGUAUGUCUUAGACACCUAUAUGCAAACUUUAAGAAGAAGUUUGGUGGAGGAACCUUAAUUAGAGACCUUAUGAUGGGGGCAGCAAAGGCAACAUAUUAUAAAGCUUGGGAAAAGAAAAUGAGUGAAUUGAAGCAGCUGGACCAAAAAGCUUGGGAGUGGUUGAUGGGUGUGCCUACUAGAGGAUGGUGUAAGCAUGCAUUUAGCUUUUAUCCAAAAUGUGAUGUCUUAAUGAAUAAUAUAAGUGAAUCAUUUAAUAGCACAAUAUUAGUUGCUAGGGAUAAGCCAAUUCUAACAAUGUGUGAGUGGAUUAAAAACUAUUUAAUGAACAAGAUGGCAAUUAGUGUCUCUAAGCUUGAUAAGUGGCAACACAAUGUGAUGCCUAUCCCUAGGAAGAGGUUGGACCAUGAAGUUCUUUUAAGUGGUCAAUGGGUUCCAACUUGGAGUGGAGAGCAAUGUUGGCAUGCUGUGGCUGCAAUGAGUUACGAGAAAAAAUCACCAGAAUCUUAUGUAGAUAACUACUAUAAGAGGGAGGCUUAUAAGCUUUGUUAUAGCUUUAGUGUAAGCCCUAUAAAUGGUAUGGAUAUGUGGCCUAAUGUUGAGGCUGACGAAAUGCUACCACCAUCCUAUAAGAAAGGUCCCGGUAGGCCUAAGAAACUAAGAUUUAGAGAACAUGAUGAGGGUGGUGCAAGGAUGAGGAGGCCCGGUGUUGCUUAUAGGUGCACCAACUGUGAUAAAUUUGGUCACAAUUCAAGAAAGUGUAAAAGUGCCAAAAAUAACCAAGAUGCUUUGAAACGAAAGAGAAAGCCAACAAAUAAACAACAAAAAUCUGACAUGGAAGGUGAAACUGUUGCUGAAACUGAACCUGUAGUUGCUCACGUUACUGCUGUAAUUGAAGAAGAAGUUGUUACUGAUAUUUAA